UAGUAAACAUAGUUUGUUUAGAGACUUGGCUUCGAUUUAUUUACUUUUGUUCAGUGUUGUGAUUUUUGUUGGGGGUUUUGCAGUGUUUUGUCCCUCAUCAGCUUAAUCAAGGUGAGUGAAGAAGUGUAGGCAAGAAGUGUUUCUUCUUUGAGUUUUUUUUUUUUUUCAGAUAAUAGUGUCUCUUCAAGGUGCUAAGUGUUAAUUGUGCCUGCACAGUUAUCUUGGGAGGACUUCUGUGGGAUUUUUAGUGGGUUGAUCUGUGUAGAUUGCUUUAAUGCCGGCUAGUUUAACGUACGUAACAUCCUGCCGCCAAGAAGAGUAACAACUAUCAGCUUGUUGGGUAAGUUUUUAGACAGGCAGUCAGUUUAUUUUCAUGUGUGGAUUUGACCUGAUCAGCAAUUUAUCUACAGAAGACUUUGUGUAUUUCUUCUCAUCUGAGUGAUCAACAUGCGCUCUUAUGAAAAUAAUGAGUUUGGGUUUUUAAUUUCUGUGCAAAUUCUGAACAUAAGAGUAACUUCACAUUAAAAGUUAACUUUGCUUUUCUAUUUUCUUUUAAUAGCUAAAGACACAACAAGUGAGUUUAUGAGAAGAUGUCUCAAGAAAGAUGGAAACUGCAGCGGGCCUUGGGUCAGUAUGUCACAGAUACUCUCACUUACGUAUUAGCUGUGAGAGAUUUCUGUAAGAUGUUCUCUGAAUGGAAGAACUGCAGAGAGAAAGAAGUGGAGAAAAUCAGAGAUAUCAAAGAAAGGGCUGAUGAGAUUGACCCGUCUUUCACCAAGUCAGAGGGCGAAGAGACGAGCUCUCAGAAUCCUGUGACAACAUUAAAAAUAAAAAGUGUUGCAGAGCUUGAAAAUUUACUGGAUGAAGUGUUGAAAGAAACACUGAAAGGUUUGGAGAAACUCAAAACCUUCUUGGAUGCAGUGGAGAAGCUGGCGGUCACGUCUCUGCAGGUUUUCACUGAGAACAAGAUAUUGUUCCUGUCUGAUGAGAUCAGCUUUGAUGAAGUUCAGGAUUUGAUCAAAUCUGCACGACAGAUCUGCCAUCUGCUACUGGAGUUUAAAAGAGACGCAGCGGCUUUCUUUGUUCCCAAAAGACACAAUGUGGAGGUUCUGCUGUACCAGCUGGAAAAACAUGUAAAUACCAGCGAGAGAAUAUUUGGAAAACUUUCUGACAGCCUCAGAAUUGACAUUUAUCUUGAAAUAACAGAGAACAUUGUUGUUGAAUGUGAUUUAUCUGAUGAUGUCAUGCAAAAAAUGACUGAUCAGGUCAAACAACUUGAUAAAAUCAGGAUGGACGACGACUUUCGGAUGAUGUUCCUGUUCCAGAGGAUCAACUAUUCAAAUUUUGUUAAGAAGUACAAAGAUGAGCUUCCUGAGAUGCUGCAGUUUCUUGAUGAGAUUGAGCAGUGUGCUGUUCAGUUAGACAGUGUGAAUAAGGGAGCAAAGAUCUCCAGUGUGACUGGGAGCUCAUUGGGAGCAGUGGGAGGUAUCCUGUCCAUUGUUGGCUUAGCUUUAAUUCCAGUUACAGCUGGUGUGUCUUCGGGGUUGAUCAUUGCUGGUGCAGCUGUGGGAGCAACCAGUGCAGUGAACAGUGUAGUAGCCACUGUAGUAGAAGGUAAAGUUAGUCAUACACAAAAACAACAAGCAAAUACAGCCUUUCAAAGAUUCAUGAUUGGUGUUCAGAGAAUCCAGGACUGUCUGGAAGAGGCGGCCAAACCACCAUAUGCUGAAGUUACACAAAGUAGUGAAGAUGAGCUACACAUGGCAGGAAAUAAUGCUACAGAUGGUAUUGAAAAGGCUGGUGAAUUGAUUGUUAAUGCAGCAGCUGCUGUAAAUGCAGGUAAAGUUGCACUACAGGAAGGGAAAGCAUUGAGUACUGUAUCCAGAAUGGCCUCAGAUGUUCCUGAUAUCGGUCAGGCAGCAGUUAAAGGGUCUCUUGCUAUUACCAAGGGAGCCAGAGUUGGAUUUAUUGCAGUCAAUGCCCUCUUCCUUGGUGUGGAUAUCUUCUUCAUCACUACAGACAGCAUGGCCCUGGCUAAAGGGACAGAGUCUAAGGUCUCUAAGUUCCUCAGAGCCAGAGCUGCUCUGUGGCUCUCAGAGAUAGAGGCCUGGGGGAAAAUCUGCAACUCACUGAGUCGCAGCAAACGGACCACAAAGGAAAUCAGAGAAAUGCUUGAGAAGCCAUUUUAUCCUGUCUAAGAGCAAUCUGUCUAUUAAUGGGUGCAUAAAUAUUUGCUUUGGAGACUCCCUAAGAGAAAAACUAAAACAACAAAAAUAGUUUCAAUUUGUAACUGUUUUUCUACAAGAAAGGUACACUGCCUGGCCAAACAAAAAGUCGCCACCAAAAAAUGGUCACACUCUCUAAUAUUUUGUUGGACCGCCUUUAGCUUUG